AUGGACACAGAUUUAUUGUCCAUCUUCGUACGUUGUGAUGGUGUGUUACCACAUGAAAUUCAAUGUCCAAAAUCGCCGCAAGAAAAAAAUAAUCAAAUAGAUGUAGAUAAGUUUAAAGGCUCUUUAUUAGGAUUAGCUGUAGGAGAUGCACUGGGUGCACAUGUUGAAUUUCGACCCUACAGUUAUCUACAAGACAACCCAGUUAGUGAUCUUGUCGGUGGUGGAACAUGGGGAUUGGAAGCAGGAAAAUGGACAGAUGAUACGUCUAUGGCUUUAUGCUUAACAGUGAGUCUCAUUGUUCGGGGAGACUUUGAUGCAUAUGAUCAACUGGUUCGAUAUAAGUGGUGGCACAAAUUCGGAUACCUAUCCUCAACAGGUCAGUGUUUUGAUAUUGGCUCUGCAACAAGAGCGUCUUUGGAAACGUUUUAUCGGCGACAACUACGGCUAGCAGAGCAAUUAAGUAUAACGACCGAAGACGAUAUCGAUAAUUUGCCAAAGAACAGAGUAGAUGAACAGAAAUUUAAUACAGAAUGCGGUGAAUCCGACGGAGCUGGCAACGGAGCUCUGAUGCGAUUAGCACCUGUUGCAUUAUUCUUUUGCAGGUCUGUAAAAGAAAUGAUACAAUUUGCAGGCAACAGUGCCCUUCUUACACAUGGAGAUAAAAAAGCUGUUGAUGCAUGUAGAUAUUAUGCCCUACUAAUCUACUUUGCGGUGAACGGCUGUAGUAAAAGCGAACUGCUUGAUCAGCGUCUCUGUGAAAAAGCUUGGAACAUGGGCUGGUUUGGGAAAGAACCAUUGCACGAAGACGUCGUUCGAGUGGCUGAAGGUUCGUAUAAGCGUCGUGGUGGCUAUGAAGAUGGUAUAAGAGGUAAAGGCUAUAUCAUCUCAGCCAUGGAGGCGGCCUUGUGGGCAUUUUGGAGUGAUGAAGGCUCAUUUGAGAGAGGUGUGUUACAAGCAAUUAAUCUAGGAGAUGAUACUGAUACUACCGCAGCUAUUUAUGGACAGUUAGCAGGCGCUUUUUACGGAGCGAAAGCUAUACCGCAAAAGUGGCUAGGUCAACUGUAUGCACGAGACUUCAUUGAAUCGCUUGCUGGAUGGCUAAAGUACAAGGGGUGUAUGUGGUCAAAAAACUCAUCAACAUCUGAUCGUGACGGUGUAAAUAAUCAGCAGCUAAUCCAAACUUCGAAACCAGUUAGAACAGGUUUUAUGCAAAAAAAAGCAACAAUUGUAAAAACUGCGACGAAAAUCAAUCGCUCAUCUGCUGCUUCUACUUGUGCACGUUCCACAAUAAUGUCUAAAACUAAAACAGACAAACCUAAGCCGGUUGAACAGCGUUCAUCGACAGUGGUAACAAGAAGUAUGGCACAAUCAAACAAACCAGUUCACCGUACCAGCCGUCCACGUAGCAGUACGAAACAAAUAAUAACGCCAACAACGUCAAACAGAAAGAUUCGUAAAACUUAUAAUGAUGGAUAA